AUGACGACCACGCUGGACGUCGACAGCGUGAUCGAACGUUUGUUGAGCGUUCGAGGGCAGCCGAAUAAUCGAACGGUGCAGCUGGCGGAGGGGGAGAUCCGGGCGCUGUGCGCGGCGGCGAGAGAAAUUUUCCUUGCGCAGCCGUGUUUGCUUGAGCUGGAGGCGCCUUUGAAGAUUUGCGGGGAUGUACACGGACAGUAUUCGGACUUGUUGAGGUUGUUCGAAUACGGCGGGUUUCCGCCGGAGGCGAACUAUUUGUUCUUGGGGGAUUACGUUGAUCGCGGAAAGCAAGGUUUGGAGGUGAUAUGUUUGCUCCUGGCAUACAAGGUGAAGUAUCCGGAGAACUUUUUCUUGCUCAGAGGUAACCACGAAUGCAACUCGAUCAGUAGAAUCUACGGAUUCUACGACGAGUGCAAGCGGCGGUACAACAUAAAGCUUUGGCGCGUGUUUUGCGACGUGUUCAACUGCUUGCCCUUCGCUGCAAUUGUGGACGAAAAGAUCUUUUGCAUCCACGGUGGACCGAGUCCAGAGCUUAAGGACUUGCAGCAGAUAGUUCAAAUCAAGAGGCCGACGGAUAUCCCGGACAUGGGGAUGCUCUGUGACUUUUUGUGGAGCGAUCCAGACGCAGACAUCCAAGGCUGGGGAGAGAACGAUCGAGGCGUUUCGUACACUUACGGCACAGACGUCGUCGGCGAUUUCCUCGCCAAGUUUGAUUUCGACUUAGUGGUUAGAGCGCAUCAGGUGGUGGAGAAUGGUUACGAAUUUUUCGGUAAGCGUCAACUCGUUACGGUGUUCUCUGCUCCCAACUACUGUGGAGAGUUCGACAAUGCCGGCGCGAUGAUGACAGUGGACGAAAACUUGAUGUGCAGCUUCCAAAUUUUGAAGCCCGCCGAGCGUAAGCUCAUGGGUGGUUUCGGUAGUAUGAUGGGUGCGCGUCCGAGCACGCCGCCUAGAAAUGCCGGCGGUGGCGGCAAAUAA